UUCGUUUGUGAUGCAUGCAAUAGAAUCUGUGCUGAUGGAGCAUCCUACGAAAGGCACAUGAAGUCCCAUUCUGGCAACAGGCAGUUCAAGUGCAACUUGUGUGAGAAAUCUUUCGUAGAGAGCUGCAGCCUGAAGAGGCACAUGAAAACCCACGAUGACGAUCGGCCGUACCCGUGCGACCUUUGCUUUAAAUCCUUUAGGGACGGCGCCAGUCUAAUCCGGCAUCAGAGAACUCACGGUGAGCGCCCAAAAAUGUUUGAGUGCUCCAGGUGCGACAAAAGCUUUACGGACAAACAUGGGCUGAAGAGGCACGAGAGAAUUCAUACGGGGCUGCGGCCAUAUCAGUGCAAAACCUGUUUCAAAACAUUCAGCGAAUCCGGCAGUUUUAAACGACAUCAGAAAAUUCACACCGGGGUGCGAAAUUUUGUUUGUCUCAAAUGCAACAAAUGCUUCCUUGAAAAGCAAAGCCUGGUGAGACAC